AUGGCUCUCGGAGCGGCGGUUGUCACUCAUGUCGGCCGACAUGCUUCAGAGCAGAGAUCAGGCUUAGGAAUUGAGCGGGUUCUGCGAGGACAUGGUGCGCGGUUGGCGGGUGUGCGUUUCAUACCCCUGCCUCGCCUUCCAAACCCAUAUUCUGUUUCCGGUUUUAACAUUUUGGUGUUUUAUCACAACUACUAUGACUGCGUCUAUAUAUUAACGAAUUUCUCUCUCUCUCCCUCUCUCUCUCUCUUUCUUUUUCGCUCACUUUCUCGUUCCUCUCCUCCCCUUUCUCUUUCUUCCUCUCUCUCUCUUUCUCUUGCUUUCUCAAUUUGUUUUUCUCUCUUUCUCUUUCUCUUUCUUUUCGCUCUCUUACCCUUUCUUUCUCUCCCCUUUCUUUUUCUUUCUUUCUUUCUUUCUUUCUUUCUUUCCCUUUCUUUCUUUUUCUUUCUCACUCUCUUUCUCUCUCUCUUUCUUUUCUGUUCUCGUUCGCUUUCUUCCUGUCUCUCUUUCACUCUCUUUCUUUCUCGCUAUCUUUCUUUCUCACUCUCAUUUUCUCUCUCUUUCUCUUCUUUUUUUCUUUUUCGCUCUCUUUCUCUUUCUUCGUCUCUCCCUCGUUCUCUUCCUUUCACUCAAUCUAUCUCUUUCUUUCUCACUCUCUUUUUUUCUCUUUCUCUUUCAUGUUCUUUUUCGCUCUUUCUUUUUCUUCCUGUCUCUCUUUCGCUCUCUUUCGAUCUCUAUUUCUUACUUUUUCACUCUUUCUUCCUUUCUUUCUUUUUCUUCUUCUAUCUCUUUCUCUCAUUUUCCCUCUUUCUCGUUCUUUCACUUUUUUACUAUUUCCCCUCCGUUGUCUUUCUCGCUCUUUUUCUAUUACUCUUCAACCUCAUUCUCUCUCUCUCUCUUUCUUGA